AUGACGGCUAUAGCGGAACCGAAGGCCGGCGGCUUGAAGCGCGAGAUGGGCCUCAUGUCGGCCAUCAAUGUGAUCAUCAGCGUCAUGAUCGGCUCGGGCAUAUUCGUGUCACCCACGGCAGCCCUCAAGUAUUCCGGCAGUGUCGGCUUCUGUCUGGUCGUGUGGACCGUUUGCGGUGGCAUCUCGCUGCUGGGAGCGCUCUGUUUCGCCGAGCUGGGCACGGUGGUGCCACGGUCCGGCGCCGAGUAUGCUUACCUGAUCGAGGCGUUCAAAAAGUCACACUCCUUCUGGGGCCCGCUGCCGUCGUUCAUCUGCGCCUGGGUGUACGUGAUGAUUCUGCGGCCGGCCGAAAUUGCCGUCAUCAUCUUGACAUUCGCCGAAUACUCAAUACUUCCCUUCCGGCAUUUGCUGGGCCUGGAGAAUCUACCGGCGGACGAUCUACACCUGCUGAUUAAGCUUAUCGGCAUCCUAGGGUUAGGCAUAAUCACGUACAUCAAUCUCAGCAGCGUGAAGCUGUACGUCACGAUCAACAAUGUAUUUGGGUUCUGCAAAGUGUUCGCAUGUCUGGUGGUCAUCUUCGGUGGGAUCUACCAGUUGGCGAUUGGCAACACGGAGAACUUGGCCGGAGGGUUCGAGGGAACCCAUAGCAGUCCCGGUUACAUUGCGCUCGCCUUCUACAACGGUCUCUGGGCGUACGACGGCUGGUCAAGCGUGACCACCAUUACGGAGGAGAUCAAGAAUCCGGAGGUUAACAUUCCCCGCUCGAUCAUGAUCGCCGUACCGAUCAUCACCGGGCUGUAUGUUUUCAUGAACCUCGCCUACAUGACCGUUCUCUCGAUGGGUGAGAUGAUCGCCUCGGAGGCGGUCGGAAUCGACUUUGGGGAUCGCGCACUUGGUUCGUUCUCCUUCCUGAUCCCACUCGGGGUAGCGCUGGCUACGUUCGGCUGUGCCCUCAGCAUCCAGUUCGGUGUGACACGACUCUGCUACGUCGCCAGCCAGGAGGGUCAGAUGUUGGAACCGUUGUCGUACAUUCACGUGCGUCGCGCAACGCCGGCUCCAGCCGUUGCCAUGCAGGGCGUACUAGCACUCGCCUUCAUCCUGGUCGGCAACAUCGAGACGUUGAUCGAGUUUGCUUCGUUUCUGAUCUGGUUCUUCUACGGAGCGGCCGUCGUGGCGCUGCUCGCCCUGCGCCGUUUCCAACCUAACGUGCACCGACCGUACAAAGUGCCACUGAUCGUGCCGUACAUCACGUUAGCCGUAUCCGUCUUUCUGUCGAUCGUGCCGGUCGUCAGCGACCCGUCACCCAAGUACCUGUUCGCGGUGGGCUUCAUCCUCAGCGGAGUGCUGGUCUACACGCCGUUCGUUUAUUACAAAGUGCGGCCCUCGUGGAUUAAUAAACUAACUUACCUCAUUCAAGUGCUCUUCGAAGUUGUGCCUUCUUCCAGUAAAGUAGAUUAAUGAUUUUUUUUUAAAUAAAAAGGAAACGUUUUGCAA